AUGUACUACCUCUCAGUGGCUGUAAUCUCAGAGUUUAUCAUUAUUCCAUUCCAACAGCUCUUUAUUUUCACUCUGAUAGAAAGCGUCAUACGGGCUGGUGUGAGACGCACAAUGGAUUUUGUCACCGAGAAACUACAAAAUAAAGACAACACAAGGCUCAACGCUUUCCUGAAAGAUAAAAUCAAAGAUUUGAUGACAGAAAAAAGGGAACUAGUUGGUGUCUUUGGGAAAACGGGAGCUGGAAAGAGCUCUUUGAUAAAUGCCGUCAUUGAGGAGAAGGAACUUCUGCCGUCUGGGGAUGUCGAUGCAUGUACCUCAGUCAUGAUAAAACUGGAGGCUAACAUGGACACACAAAGAUAUGAGGCACACAUUGAGUUCAUUACGCCAGAGGAGUGGAAAGAUGAACUGUGGUCUAUGGAAAAUGUUCUUGAUGAGCAUGAUGAUGAUUAUAGUGCCACUAAGGAAAAGAUUUCAGCACUGUAUGAACAAGAUUGGAAAGAAAUCUCUAACGGCAUGGACAACAAAUAUUUCAAAGAAAUUCCAGAAUUUCUCCAGUCAAGGAAGAAGAUUAUCAAAUGUGACUCGGCUAAAGAACUUGCAGAAAAAUGUGUCAAAUACACAAGAAAUUACUCCAACGUGGAAAAGUGUAAAGAAGUAAAGAGACAGUAUUGGCCGUUAGUGAAGUGUGUGACUCUCAGGGUUCCUGGAAAUGACCUCCUUCAGCAUGUCACAAUUGUGGACCUUCCGGGAACUGGGGAUCGUAACAAAAGCAGAGAUAAAAUGUGGAAAGAGAUUGUUGGAAACUGUUCCACUGUGUGGAUUGUGACUGAAACUACUCGAGCAACAGCAGAGAAAGAAUCUUGGGAGAUCCUGGAAAAUGCCAGCAGCCUUAUGGGAAAUGGUGGCGAGUGUCAGCACAUUCACUUCAUUUGCACCAAGUCUGAUCAAAUUAAUGAUUCAGAUUUUAAGUCACGAGAUGAAGUUCGUAAUCGUGUGCUUGAACGAAACGAAAAAGCCAAACGUGGAGUGAUGAAACAAUUCAGCAAGGAAAACGAAAUUAAGAAACACUUCAGUGAUGACUGUUUCAAAGUGUUCACAGUGAGCUCCAAAGAGUUUCUGAAGACUAAAUAUCUUGAGCGAGAUGAAACCGAAAUUCCGCGAUUGCAGAAUAUUUUGAAAGACCUGAACGACUCUCACUCAGAGACAUUAAACUAUGUGUCUGGAGCUCGUGGGAUUUUGUCUCUGAUUCAAGGAACCAGAUGCAUGGAAGUGGCUGGUAAAAAAGCAGAAGUGUGUAAGGAGCUUGAAGAGAAGAUGAGAGAUGAACUUGACAAAGUCAAAAAGUCUGUGGAAGAGGCUCAUUCAGCUUUUGAAUCACACCUUGCAGAGGGCCUUGAAGAAUCACUACGUUUAUGUGACAAAACAAUGAAGUCCAUUUUAGAGCCUGCAAGGACAUCGGGUAGCAGCUUUCACAAGAUACUGAAGUAUGUAGUUCAGAACAAUGGUGCCUACAAAUCAAAGAAAGGGAAACCUAAAAACUUGAAUGAGAAGUUAAGUUCACAUCUGACUGACAGCAUUGAUGCAGAAUUCAAGAAGACCUUCCCAAAUGAAAGCAACUCUGGACCUUUCAAGAAUGUCAUCAAAGAGUUUUCACUGAACACAGAGACGCUGAUUCAAAAGCACGAUGACGUCAAACUGCAACUCACUUUUCUCAAGACAGAGGAGGACAAACUCAAACUACAGCUCCACAAAAUCGUCCGGGAUCGUAAGAAGAAGAUCUACAGCAGCCUGACAGACACAAUUGAGGCAAACAUGAAAACAUGCUAUGACGAAGCAAAAGAGAUUCGUGGAAAGGACUCACUGUUAAAAAUGAGGGAGAUUAUUCGGACUCAUGUACGUGCUACAAGGAACACAAUGUUUGAGAUGGCUAAAAUGAACAUGUUGACACAACUGGAUGCUUUGAAGGAGGAAAUACUGAAGAAACUCGAGGAAACCCUGAUGGAAUCUAUUGAACUGGCACUCAAGACAGACAGCGACUCAUUCCCAGAUGUUUCAGGAGAGCUUGACAAUGUGACCAAAUACUACACUCACCUGGAAGGCAGGCCAGAAGAACGACCAGGGCCGUCCAACUGAUGACAGGAUUGUGUCUUCGAGGGUUAUAUUUCCCAAGCUUUUUCUUUGGAGACCUCAUUUUUAAAGGUGACAAACCAUCCUGACAAGAGCAGAGUUGUACUUUGUAACAUUUCUGACCAUUUUUAAUGCCGUUUCUGUAUCACCUUAUAUUGUAGGUAAAUUAGCCCUUUCCAUGAGAUAAUUGUGUGAUAAAUAAAUCACAGCUUCAUUUUAUUAAUGUACAAUUUAAAAAUGAUAAUUACUAUGAGAUAAGUGAGCGUGUUUGCUUUUUACCUGCUUUUUCUGUGCUUUGUGUUAUUGGACGAGGAUGGACCCAGCCCCAGGGGCCCAUGUAGGCUCACCAACUUCUUCAUGAUAAAAUAAGGAAUGAUUGUAAUCAUUUUUACUUUUACAUCUUGUUGCUUCUCCGUUGCUACGAUACACAGGACUCACAGCGAAUAGGACAAUCAGUUAAAAGUGUCCAUUUUCUGCUGGAUAGUAAUGAAUGACAGACUGAGAGGGCCUGACAGCAGGAGGAGGGUUUUAUUUUCCGUCUUAUCAAUUGUGCAAACUUCAUUAGUGGACUAACCUGGAUUUUUUUCUGUCAUGGUUUUGGGCUGACUUGUCAAAAAUAACAUUCUGUUCAAUCCAAAUGUUGUUUGUCUUUUAAAUAUGGAACAAAUCCUUAUUUUUUUUAUACAUAUAUAUAUAUAUAUAUUUUUCUGAUAUUGCCAAUUUUAACCACUUUAACGUUCACAUCUGCUUGUUUAAUGAUGUUUAAGGAUUUUAAAUUACAUUCCAAUGUUUUAUUAGUUUUAAGUUAACCUCUGAGUUAAAGGGGGACGGAUUAGAUGAAAUGGGAAGAACAGGUAAAAGAGCACUUUGGGAGUGGGAGUGUAAGCCCUGUGACUUAUUUCAUUUUCACAUGGAGGGCAAACACAGAACAGAUGAAAAAAUUCUUUGUCUUCUUGAUUCUUGAGGGGUUUAAUGUUUAAAUUGUUUUUAAUUGAUUUUGUUUCCAAUGUAUUUACUUGCUUCUGUAAUACACUAUGAAUUGCCUUGUGUAAGAAUGGCGCUAUACAAAGAAUCUUGCCUUGCCUUAUUUUACGUAAUGGUUGGCAACCCUAGGCCCAUGGGCUGUGGGGCCCCUGCAUUACUUUUUUUAAGAAUAUUUUAUUUUUCAGUUUUCAAUUUCAAGAUAUACAUGAACCAAUAAACUGUAUAUCUUCUUA